AAAAGGGUAGAAAAAUCCCCUAAAUUCCUUCAUCAUCUUCUUCCACAUUCCGAUUUUGAAGCGUGGAAAAACCCUAGAAUUAUCAACCAGCGAAAAUUUUCUCUACGAUCGAUCGAUUUGAGCCAUGGGGAACACGGAGAAGCUGAUGAACCAAAUAAUGGAGCUGAAAUUCAUGGCGAAGACGCUGCAGCGGCAGGCGAGGAAGUGCGAGAAAGAAGAGAAGGCGGACAAGCUGAAGGUGAAGAAGGCGAUCGAGAAAGGCAAUAUGGACGGAGCUAGGAUCUACGCCGAGAACGCGAUCAGGAAGAGGACCGAGCAGAUGAACUAUCUCAGGCUCUCUUCCAGGCUCGAUGCCGUUGUCGCUCGCCUCGAUACGCAGGCCAAGAUGACCACCAUCAACAAGUCCAUGGCCAACAUCGUCAAAUCUCUCGACUCCUCUCUCGCUUCGAGUAAUUUGCAGAAGAUGUCCGAGACUAUGGACCAGUUUGAGAAGCAGUUUGUGAACAUGGAGGUGCAAGCAGAGUUCAUGGAGAAUGCCAUGGCUGGUUCUACCUCACUGUCAACACCCGAGGGAGAGGUCAACAGCCUGAUGCAGCAAGUGGCUGAUGAUUAUGGACUGGAGGUCUCUGUUGGGCUUCCUCAACCUGCCGCGCAUGCUGUGCCAACCAAGGUCCAGGAGAAGGUCGACGAGGAUGACCUGUCCAGGCGUCUUGCUGAGCUCAAGGCAAAGGGCUGAAAAGUGUCCUUGAAUAUAUACUGAAGCUUUUAAGCUUUGUGUUGAGGUAACGCUGCACUGAUAUGUUGUGAGGGAGGUGUUCUGGAUUGGGUUGCAAUUACUUGCCGAGCCGGCAUUGUGUAAAUUUGGCGAAAUGGGGAAUCUUGAAGUUCAUUGCAAGACCUA